AUGCGUACCGGCUCGGUCUACUACUAUGUGAUUGUUUUCGGACAACUACGAUCUGAGAAACACUUCAUCGGUCAAACCCGAGGCGCAAUUGAUGGCUCCUCAUUAGUGGUGCAGUCAAAAGGCUGCAUUGAGGCCCAUAUUUGUAGAAGAAGCGCCGAAAGUAAUAAUCUAAAAUUGUCAGCUCUCAAUGCCGACAAUACACUUGCGGCGUUUGGUGAAGAGAACCAGGAAAGAAUGGUCUGA